AUUCACUGCGACUCGACUGCUGCGAAACGGGGCGGACCAUGGCUCCAGUUCAGAAUAAGGUCAGGAUCAGGAUGAUCAUCCUGCUGUCUUGGCAGGCAUCAUUGGUCCUGCUUCCAUGCCACAAGGGCUCCCCCCCCGUCCCAGAAAGUUUAUCACACACGUCUUAUCGAGGGCCCCUCUUGCCUUCUUCAUCUGAUCCUUUCCGUUCCUGGCUCUGAAAUACAUGCACCGGAUUCACUCGUGGGCGAAAGCUCACGCGUCUACCCCGAAUAAUUCCCAGGGUCAAAACCAGUCCAACACCCAGUCCUCUGAGGACGCUUCGGCUCAAGAUGCUCAAGUGAAAGAAGGUAUACGUGACCCGGCCAGCCCGGAGUCGGAAAAAGAUGCCAAUCAAACCACUGAGCGCCCACUGUUCGUCCGAAUGAAGGAUGGAAUUGUUCGCUUCGCCGGACACACUAAACGCGCCCUGUGCCACAGCUGGGUCAAUGUGCUGCUCGUCUUCGUCCCUAUCGGCAUUGCAGUCGAGGCCGCUGGACUCAAUUCAGGCCUGGUCUUUGCCAUGAAUGCGAUAGCUAUCAUCCCCUUGGCCGGUCUGCUCAGCCAUGCCACCGAGUGUGUCGCCAGUCGAUUGGGUGACACCGUAGGUGCGCUCAUCAACGUCACCUUUGGAAAUGCAGUAGAGUUGAUCAUCUUCAUUAUUGCUCUAGUCAAGGUGAGUCAACUGGUUCUGCAACAGAAUCAAGGAUCGCUCUAACUUUGUCCAGGAUGAGAUUCGGAUCGUCCAAGCAUCCCUGCUGGGAUCCAUCUUAGCAAACCUACUGCUGAUCUUGGGUAUGGCCUUUCUGUUGGGAGGCUUGCGCUUCCAGGAACAGGUAAAUCUACCAGCAACCUGAGCUGUACGCGUUUGCCAAACUAACAUGUGCCAGAUCUAUAAUAGCACUGUCACGCAA